AUGGUCGCUGCUGACAACAAUAAUCAGCCUACUCGUUUUCCUCCGCUUGCACCCAAGUCCCCUUCUGGUGUCGACCUUCUUGCAGCAGAGAGAAGGAAAUCAAGCUUCAAUGUAGACUCAAUGACCAAGUUCAUCUACCCAGAUGGGUGGCUCGACAGAAUGCAUAAGGUGCUUGCUGUCAUCGAAAAGGAUCCGGCAUUCGACAAAACCAUGCGCUACUACCAGAAUCGCUACGAAGGAAUGCGACAAGCUUACGCCAAAGAAAAGCGCAUCCGUCAGUUAUCUACCGAGCAUGGAUGGGAUGAUAUGGAUAGAAGCAUGGCUAAUUUUCUUUAUGAUGGCGUUUCACCGUUCUCAGUACAUCACAGCAUGUUUAUGACAACCUUGCGCAAUCAAUGCAACGACGAGCAACGUAAAUUGUUUUAUGAGCCUGCGACGCGACUUGAGAUCAUUGGUUGCUAUGCACAAACUGAGCUUGGUCAUGGAUCCAAUGUGCGUGGUUUGGAGACGACAGCUACCUACAUCCCUGAGGACAACGAAUUCGAGAUCCAUUCGCCACACCUUACGUCAUCCAAAUGGUGGAUUGGUGGAUUAGGCAAGAGCGCCACUCAUUGUGUCUUGAUGGCUCGGCUUAUCAUUCAUGGCAAGGAUCAUGGCCCACACCCAUUUUGUUUCCAAAUCCGAAGUCUCAGGGAUCAUAGGCCAUUGCCUGGUAUUACGGUGGGCGACAUUGGACCGAAGUUGGGAUACAACAGCAAUGACAAUGGCUUUAUCCUCUUUGACCAUUUCCGUGUACCUCAUAUCUCGCUUCUUGCCAAGUUUUCUCAAGUCAAACCAGGAACUGGUGAAUACAUCAAGCCGCCCAAUGCACGUCUUUCUUAUGGCACCAUGGUCUUUAUUCGAGCAAACAUUGUUGCAGGAAGUCGUUUUGCUAUGGCACGUGCAGCCACUGUUGCAGUGCGUUAUUCGGCUGUUCGCCGUCAAUUUGUGGAUGCUGCUGAACCAAAAAAGUGGGGCAAAGAGGUCAUUGAAACUCCUGUCAUCGACUACACAAUGCAGCAAUAUCGGCUCUUCCCCGUUAUAGCAGGUGCUUAUGCUUUAUUGUUCACUGGCCGUGAAAUGCUUCGUCUGUACGACCUGAAUCAAGAAGCCAUGAAGCAAGGCGACUAUGGACUACUAGCAGACUUGCAUGCAAGCUCAUCCGGUCUCAAAUCUUUGACAACGACAAUGGCUGUAAAUGCAGUAGAGGAAUGUCGACGUGCAUGUGGUGGUCAUGGAUACAGCAUGUUUUCUGGUCUCGGUAGCUUUUAUCAGGACUAUGUUCCUAAUGUCACCUUUGAAGGUGAUAAUUACAUCCUCACGCAUCAAACAUCGCGUUAUAUAUGCAAGACGUAUCGCAACGUGGUGGCAGGCAAAGCUGUUCCAUCCGAGCACAACAUGACUGUGACCUAUUUGAUGCAAUACUUGCAAGAUCCCAAAGCGACAUGCGCUGACGACUUGACCAAUCCUGAAGUGAUACUCAAUGCAUUUGGGUAUCGUGCAGCUUACUUUGCAGCACAGCUGGUGGAACAAUUGGAUCAUGAAGGGCGAUCUUGGAACAGCAUGCUCGUCGAAGUUAAUCGUGUGUCACGUGCUCAUUGUCAAUAUAUGCUUGUUCGCAGCUUUUUUGUCGGCAUUCGCCAAGCGGACCAGCAACUACAGCCUGUGUUAUCAGUAUUGGCGCGUCUAUUUGCAUUGCAUAUGAUGGAGCAAGAGCUUGCAGAUUUCAUGCUGACAGGAUACAUUACAAGUGCUCAAGGCAAAUCCCUAAGGAAGCUUGUAUUGGAUUACAUUUCAAAGAUUCGAGAUGAUGCGGUGGCGCUUGUAGACGCGUUUGCAUUGCCUGAUUAUUAUCUUCAUUCUGCCCUUGGACGAUAUGAUGGAAAAGUGUACGAAAGCAUGACCAAGAUGGCUGAGCUAGAGCCUUUGAAUCAGACUCAAGUAGUGGAUAUGUACGAGGAAUACAUCAAGCCCCACGUCUAUAAACCAAAUAGCAAGUUGUAA